CUCUUUUUAUUAUCAAAAUUUGAAAAAGAAAAAAAAAAGCGAUUAAAGUUGGAUCCACUUCCACACACCACACGCCCUUCUUCUUUCUCCUCCUCCUCUCUGUCCUUUCUGACCUUCCGAGUUGAGCGACUCACUGAGUCACACAUUUCAUUGCAAUUCGGGGACUCGGAGCCUGUCGGAGAAUCCAUCCUCUGACGCUCCUCUCUAUCUUCUUCAAUCCCUUCUUUUCCUCUCUUGCCCUCUUCAAUUCCUCCUUCCUCUCCCCACCUCCCAUGGCCACCUCCGUCAUUCAGGGUUUUACCAAGUCGCUUGCCAUGACUGUGCUAUCCGAGAUCGGCGAUAAAACAUUCUUCGCUGCUGCGAUUAUGGCAAUGCGGCAUCCAAGAAGACUUGUCUUGUCUGGUUGUCUUUCAGCUUUGAUUGUGAUGACCAUUCUUUCUGCUCUGGUUGGCUGGGCUGCACCAAAUUUGAUCUCACGUAAGUGGACACAUCAUGUCACAACUCUUUUGUUCCUUGGUUUUGGGCUCUGGUCUUUAUGGGAUGCAUUUAAUGAUGAAGGGGAGUCUGAAGAACUUGCUGAAGUUGAAGCUAAAUUGGAUGCUGAUUUGAAGGCUAAAAAAAAAGGUUCCAAAGAUGGAAAUAAGGUUGAUGAUGAUGUGAAGAAGCACAAUCGCUCGAUUCUCUUGCAGUUCUUGUCACCAAUAUAUUUGAAGGCAUUUUCCAUUACCUUUUUUGGUGAAUGGGGUGACAAGAGUCAGCUAGCAACAAUUGGUUUAGCUGCAGAUGAAGACCCACUAGGUGUCGUUCUUGGUGGAAUUUUAGGACAGGCGUUGUGUACAACUGCUGCAGUCCUUGGCGGAAGGAGCUUGGCAUCACAAAUAUCUGAGAAAAUAGUUGCUCUCUCAGGUGGGAUUCUGUUUAUUGUUUUUGGAAUCCAGUCCUUCCUCUCAACUGUGGAGCCGUAAUUUUUUCAAGCUUGUUAUGAUAGAAGGCGAUUGGGUGAAUUAUUGCAGCGCAACCUUCCUUGAAUAGACGAAUUUGAGAACCAUUUAAAGAGCCUACAUGUUUUUAUCAGAUACUGGAUUAGUGGUGUGGUGGGUAGUAGCUUUGAUAAACCUGGGUUGCAAUAGUGUUCUUAUUUUUAAAAAAAUAGUGAAGAUGUAGGUCAUCCAAUUGGAAAGCGUCCCUGAUAAUUUGAUUGCAGUAAUUAAAUUAGGAGAAUUUAUCACAUCUAAUUAUCAUAGUUCAAAAUAAAAAGAUAGUAUUUUUCUUCGUUGAUUUGUCA